CACGCUACAAGAGAGGAAGAGACAUCUUUUCUUCACUGGUCUGGUGGCAGAGGCGCAGCGAUCAGCAUCCGCAGUUUGUCAAGUGAGGAAAGACACAACUAAAAGGAGUGAUCAUGCCGAUGUUUACGGUGAACACCAACGUAUUCAAAAGCGAUGUACCAGCGGCUAUGCUGUCCGAGGCCACUGAGGAGCUGGCCAAAGCCAUGGGCAAACCUGCACAGUACAUUGCUGUGCAUAUCAACCCUGACCAAAUGAUGAUGUUUGGAGGAAAGGGAGACCCCUGCGCACUCUGCUCCCUCCACAGUAUUGGCAAGAUCAGUGGGGCUCACAACAAGCAAUACUCUAAACUCCUGUGUGGACUGCUCAACAAACACCUGGGCAUCUCUCCUGACAGGAUUUACAUUAACUUUGUAGACAUGGAUGCAGCCAAUGUGGCCUGGAACAACACUACCUUUGGCUGAGAUGGAGGUCAAUGAAAUAGAAGAUCAUUCCAGUAUUAUCUUAUAGGCUAUAUGUACAAACAUUGUAAGACACCUGGUAAUUCAAUGGCCCAUAUUCUGUAUGACUCUUAAAAGCACUUAGCUUGACCCUUUAGAUUUGCACUGAUCUCUUUUCCAGUAUAAUGCUAUAAAACAAACCCUGCAGACCAUACAAUCUCUGGUUUCCUUGAUUUUCUAGACUUACAAAGACACAAUACAUUUAACAAGCUCCAUUUAAAA